AUGCCCAGCACGGAAGUCUAUGUUCCUUGUCGUUCUUUUGAUAAUUUGUCACACGUGCCGCGUGGAGUUUUGCCUCGCAGCACAAUGGUUGCGGUAACAGAAAAGAAGGCUGAGAAGAAGCCUGUCAAGGGUAAGGAGGACAGCAAAAAGCUGCCCGCCGUUCCCGAAUCCGUUUUGAAACACCGAAAGAGGAGGGAUGCUUUACGUACUCGACGCAUUCAGGUUACAUUAAAGAGGCGUUCUGCCGCCAUCAAGAAGAAGCAGCAAAUCUUCAAGAGAGCAGAGCAGUAUGUUAAGGAGUACCGCAUCAGGGAGCGUGAUGAGAUUAGGUUAGCCAGACAAGCUCGCAACCGUGGUAACUAUUACGUUCCUGGUGAGGCUAAGCUUGCCUUUGUCAUCCGUAUUCGCGGUAUCAACCAAGUUUCGCCCAAGGUACGCAAAGUUCUGCAGCUGUUCAGACUCCGCCAGAUCAACAAUGGUGUAUUUGUACGUCUCAAUAAAGCCACAAUCAACAUGCUGCGCAUUGCUGAGCCGUACAUUACCUGGGGUUAUCCAAACCUGAAGAGUGUUAGAGAGCUGAUCUACAAACGAGGUUUCGCCAAAGUAAAGGGACAGCGACUGCCUAUCACCUCCAACAAGACUAUUGAGGAGAAACUUGGCAAAAGCAACAUCAUCUGUAUUGAAGAUCUUAUCCAUGAAAUCUUCACAGUUGGUGAGAACUUCAAGUAUGCUAGCAACUUCCUGUGGCCCUUCAAAUUAAACAACCCUACUGGAGGCUGGCGUAAGAAGACCAUUCACUACGUCGACGGCGGUGACUUCGGUAACCGUGAAGAUAAGAUCAAUGAACUCCUCAGGAGAAUGGUU